AAGUGGGGGGGCCAGACCGACAAGGAUCGUUCGACCUGUCGUAAUGCGUUUCCCGUCGUCCUGAUCUGCCUGGAUGAUGUUCAGUGAUGUUCGUAUAAAGACGCUGAUCCAUCCCACCAUCUGGAACACAAGUCAGUAUCCGACUAUCCCCUCUAUACCACCACUCACCCACUUACAGCUUGUACUUGGUAGCCUCUUUUUUGUCUCGCCGAGGCUGUACAACACUCCGACCCUUGUUUCACUAUUCAACCAAAACGACCACUCUCGUAGAUUCUAAUUGUACUUACCUAUUCCUUCGCACCAGGCGUGUGAAACAUCCCACACAUCAUGUCUUCAGACGAAACACCACAAACGAUCCCCAUCCCCGGACCCCCCGGGCUGCCCCUGGUGGGCAACUCUUUUGACAUUGACACCGAGUUCCCACUUGGGUCCAUGCUCAACUUUGCCGACCAGUAUGGCGAAAUCUUCCGUCUCAACUUCCCCGGCAGAAACACCGUCUUUGUGACUUCCCAAGCUCUCGUCCACGAGCUCUGUGAUGAAAAGCGAUUCCAAAAGACGGUCAAUUCCGCCCUCCACGAAAUCCGACACGGCAUCCACGAUGGCCUCUUCACCGCCCGCAACGACGAGCCCAACUGGGGCAUCGCCCACCGAAUCCUCAUGCCGGCCUUUGGCCCCAUGGCCAUCCAGAACAUGUUCCCCGAGAUGCACGAGAUUGCCAGCCAGCUCGCCCUCAAGUGGGCCCGCCACGGCCCCAACCAGUCCAUCAAGGUGACCGACGACUUCACCCGCCUGACCCUCGACACCAUCGCCCUGUGCUCCAUGGACUACCGCUUCAACUCGUACUACCACGACGACAUGCACCCCUUUAUCGACGCCAUGGCCAGCUUCCUCGUCGAGUCCGGCAACCGCUCGCGACGCCCGGCGCUUCCGGCCUUCAUGUACAGCAAGGUCGACCGCAAGUUCUACGACGACAUCCGGGUCCUCCGUGAAACCGCCGAGGGCGUCCUCAAGUCCAGAAAGGAGCACCCUUCCGAGCGCAAAGAUCUACUGACGGCCAUGUUGGACGGCGUCGACCCCAAGACGGGCGGGAAGCUCAGCGACGACAGCAUCAUCGACAACCUCAUCACCUUUUUGAUCGCGGGCCACGAAACCACGUCGGGUCUCCUGAGCUUCGCCUUUGUCCAGCUGCUCAAGAACCCCGAGACCUACCGCAAGGCCCAAAAGGAAGUCGACGACGUGUGCGGCAAGGGCCCCAUCAAGCUCGAGCACAUGAACAAGCUGCACUACAUCGCCGCCGUCCUGCGCGAGACCCUCCGUCUCUGCCCCACCAUUCCCGUGAUUGGCGUCGAGUCCAAGGAGGACACCGUCAUUGGCGGCAAGUACGAGGUUUCCAAGGGCCAGCCUUUUGCCCUGCUCUUCGCCAAGUCCCACGUCGACCCGGCCGUCUAUGGAGAUACCGCCAACGACUUUGACCCCGAGCGCAUGCUGGACGAGAACUUUGAGCGCUUGAACAAGGAGUUCCCCGACUGCUGGAAGCCGUUUGGCAACGGCAUGCGCGCCUGCAUCGGUCGUCCGUUUGCGUGGCAGGAGGCGUUGCUGGUCAUGGCGGUGUGCCUGCAAAACUUCAACUUUAUGCCUGAGGAUCCCAACUAUACGCUGCAGUACAAGCAGACCUUGACCACCAAGCCCAAGGGCUUCUACAUGCGCGCCAUGCUGCGCGACGGCAUGUCUGCUCUGGACCUGGAGCGCCGUCUGAAGGGUGAGCUUGUGGCUCCCAAGCCUACUGCCCAGGGACCCGUGUCGGGACAGCCCAAGAAGAGCGGAGAGGGCAAGCCUAUCAGCAUCUACUACGGCUCCAACACGGGCACUUGCGAGACCUUUGCUCAGCGCCUUGCUUCCGAUGCCGAGGCGCACGGGUUCACGGCGACGAUUAUCGACUCCUUGGAUGCGGCCAACCAGAACCUGCCCAAGGACAGGCCGGUGGUCUUCAUCACUGCCUCGUACGAGGGCCAACCCCCUGACAAUGCGGCUUUGUUCGUCGGCUGGCUCGAGAGCUUGACUGGUAACGAGCUCGAGGGUGUCCAGUACGCUGUCUUUGGCUGCGGUCAUCACGAUUGGGCGCAGACCUUCCAUCGCAUUCCCAAGCUGGUCGACAACACCGUGUCCGAGCGCGGCGGCGAUCGUAUCUGUUCGUUGGGUCUCGCCGACGCCGGCAAGGGCGAGAUGUUUACCGAGUUCGAGCAGUGGGAGGACGAGGUGUUCUGGCCUGCCAUGGAAGAAAAGUACGAAGUUAGCAGGAAGGAGGAUGACAACGAGGCUUUGCUUCAAUCUGGCCUUACCGUCAACUUUUCCAAGCCUCGCUCUUCUACCUUGAGGCAAGACGUCCAGGAAGCCGUGGUUGUCGACGCCAAGACCAUCACCGCCCCGGGUGCUCCUCCCAAGCGCCACAUCGAGGUCCAGCUCUCGUCCGACUCGGGCGCCUACCGCUCUGGCGAUUACCUUGCCGUUCUGCCCAUCAACCCGAAGGAGACGGUCAACCGCGUCAUGCGCCGCUUCCAACUGGCGUGGGACACCAACAUCACCAUCGAGGCGUCCCGGCAGACCACCAUUUUGCCCACCGGCGUGCCCAUGCCGGUUCACGACGUCCUGGGCGCCUACGUUGAGCUCUCCCAGCCGGCCACCAAGAAAAACAUCCUCGCUCUCGCCGAAGCCGCCGACAACGCCGAGACCAAGGCCACACUGCGCCAGUUGGCAGGACCCGAAUACACGGAAAAGAUCACCUCGCGCCGCGUCUCCAUCCUCGACCUGCUCGAGCAGUUCCCGUCCAUCCCGCUGCCCUUCUCCUCCUUCCUCUCUUUGCUGCCACCCAUGCGUGUGAGGCAGUACUCCAUCUCCUCGUCUCCGCUCUGGAACCCGUCGCACGUUACCCUGACCUACUCCCUUCUCGAAAGCCCUUCCUUGUCGAACCCCGACAAGAAACACGUCGGCGUGGCGACCAGUUACUUGGCCAGCUUGGAGGCAGGCGACAAGUUGAAUGUGUCUAUCCGCCCUUCGCACAAGGCCUUCCACCUGCCGGUAGACGCCGACAAGACUCCCCUGAUCAUGAUUGCUGCUGGUUCUGGCCUGGCGCCGUUUAGAGGCUUCGUGCAGGAACGCGCGGCGCAGAUUGCUGCAGGUCGGAGUCUGGCGCCCGCCAUGCUGUUCUACGGGUGUCGCCAUCCGGAGCAGGACGACUUGUACCGUGACGAGUUCGACAAGUGGGAAUCCAUCGGCGCCGUGUCGGUCCGGAGGGCAUUCAGUCGGUGCCCGGAGAGCCAAGAGACCAAGGGGUGCAAGUACGUUGGCGAUCGGCUGUGGGAGGAUCGCGAGGAAGUGACGGGAUUGUGGGACCGGGGGGCCAAGGUCUAUGUCUGUGGAAGCAGGGAGGUCGGGGAGAGUGUGAAGAAGGUGGUGGUCAGGAUUGCGUUGGAGAGGCAGAAGAUGAUUGUCGAGGCGAGGGAGAAGGGUGAGCUUGACAGUUUGCCGGAGGGGAUUGUGGAGGGACUGAAGCUGAAGGGUUUGACGGUGGAGGAUGUCGAGGUCAGUGAGGAGAGGGCGUUGAAGUGGUUUGAGGGGAUCAGGAAUGAGAGGUAUGCCACUGAUGUGUUUGACUGAGGGGUGGUUGACUGGUAAUGGAGGAUGAUUUCCUUGGAAAGCAGGCAUUGGAUAGAAUUGAAUUUACUUGUUCUUCAUUGGUCG